AUGGCCUUAAGUGAUAUUCGAGUAGUCCAAGAUCAAGCAAGAUAACCAUAUAUUUUUUAAUGGACUUCAACUGACCAAGUAUCAGGAGUUCUCUCUUUAUAUUGUCCUUUGGGAAUUAAUAAAUAUCUUUAUGAAUAAUCAAAUGAAAACUAUUAUUACUUUUUGUAGGGUGGGUACUUUGGAGACAAAUAGGAAUUGAAUUAUAUCAUCUUUAUGGAAAUUCUAUUUGAUUAGAGGCUAAUUGUAUUUCAUGUACAGGUUCAAAUAGAAGGAAAGUGGGUAGAAUGUACUUUCCAAUUUCAACCUUUGGAAAUUGAGGGCGUCAGGAUUAGCACUGUUAUCUAUUACGAAGACUCAGGCUAGGUCUUUGUUGAAUAAUUUUGGGGAAAGAGUAAUAGAACAACCUUCACAUUUCCAAAUACUAUCAAACCAAAUUUUAUUGUAACAUAAAUCUCUGGAGGGAUAUAUUCAGUAAGCAAUUUUAUUAAGUUAGGAUAUCAACCCAAUGACUGGUAAUAAAAUCCUGUUAAAAUAAUUUCCAGGGAAAAUGAAUGCAGCAAUAAUAUUAAAGCAAGAAUUCAGAUUUCUAUGGAGUGGUUACCCUUCCUAUUAGGGUAGUUAUGCAUUCUUGUUACAGGAGCAAAUUAUUGAUUUGAAAGAAGGAGUGUCUAAUUCAUUUUAUUCAAUCUCGACCCAAACUCAAAAAGAUUAUAGAGUCUCCUUUUGGGCCAAAGCAUAAGCAUUAUAUGAUAACAAUUUCGAUUAGAUUAUACACAUGUUAAGAGUUGUUGCAAAUAGAUUUACAUCAGACUUUAUGGCCACUGGAUCUAAUUCUUUUAUAUUAGAUUAUGUUUACGAUAAAUAAACACAUAAAUGGAUAUUUAGAAUCUAGUUUUAUUCAUAAAUUAUUCCAGUUCCUGUUCGUUCUAUCCCAGAUAAUUCUUUACUCAUAAUUACUAAAGAGAUUUUAAUAGAUAAUUACUCGUAUAUCAAUACUUGGCAUUUUAUUUUCAUUGACUAUUCGAAUAAUGUUAUUUCUUUUUAAUUUGAAAAUCCUUAAUUCAAUUACAAAAUUACUUAAAAAUAUGAAAAUGUUUACUAAUACUAAUUAAUUUACUAUCGAUUAUUUUUUGGAGGAACUAUCAUAGAAACGAAUUCAUUAGCAAGAUCAUUUGCUCUUAUAUCCUUUUAAGAUCAUACUAAAUCUAUUACGAAAUGUCAUUAGUAAUGCCAAACUUGUUUUGGUCCCUUUUCAAAUAAUUGUUUGAGUUGUCCACCUAAUUCUAAUCGAGUUUAUGAACCCAGAGAAUCCACCUGUUAAUGUUAGUUAUGGUAUAAGGAAUUCGAUAAUCACAUUUGUAAAUUAUUUUCUAAUGAUUCCAUUAAAAUUAAGUUAGAAGAAAACACUGAAAAGGAAGACUUUAGGAAGCAUUGUAAUUUUGGAGAUUUUGAAUACAAUGAAAAUUGCUAUAAAUGGUAACUCAUAUGUAUUAAUGUAGUCCAUCAGCUAGUCAGAAUAAUUAGAUUAUAUGUUCCGCAUGUUUAAUGAGACCAACUGAUUGGAUCUACAAUAAUCCAGCAUGUUAUGAUGUCUAUUAUCCAUAUGAAAACAAUCCCAAUUAUCAAUAUGUGUAAAUGAAGACAGAUUAAGAACUAGCAAAUCAAUAUUACAUAUUUGAAAAUCAGGAGCUUUAACCAUGUUACGGAUGUAAAUUAUGCUAAGAUAAAUUGGAUUCUACUUGUCAAUUAUCUUCAUAUUUUCAUUUAGAUAAGGAAACUUACAUACAAUGUUUAAAAGGAUAUUACUUUAGCAAUGGAAAAUGUUAGAAAACUAAGUAGAACUUAGAUAUCAUAAAAAUAUCAUGUAAAAAUAACUGUCUAAAAUGCAGUGAUGGAUAAUGUUAACUAUGUUAAAAUAAUAUUAAUUUUUUCUUAAAUUAUAUGGGAUAAUGUUAGCUUUGCUCAAUUAGCAAUUGUAAAUAUUGUUUCUAAUAUAAUUCCUAAAACCUAAAUGAGAAUUCAAUCUUAAGAAAUGGAUUUUAAAAAACAGUACUAUCUGACGAUUUUGAAGUUGGUUGUGCUUAAUGUUUAAAAGGAUAUGUUUAUUCAUUUCGAUUAAAAUAAUGUCUCCCUUAAUAUAAUGAAAUUGACUGUUAAAGUUAUAUUAAUGAUUAAGAUGAAUUGUAAUGUUAUUCAACCUAAUUUGAUUAAUUAAUUACUAAAUUUUAAUAGAUUUAAAAUUGUUAAGAAUAAUUACCAAAUUGUGAGUAAUGUAUCUAUACAAAAUUUAGUAUAUUAGUAUGCAUAAAAUGCUCUUAAGGUUUUUAUAUAAAUAGUGUUAAUGGGUUAUGUAAUAAAUGUGCUGAUUAUUAGGCUUCAGAUUGUCAAUUAGUUGACUAAUAUCAUGGAUCUUAAAAAUUAUUACUAUAUGGCUUUCUUUAACAUUAUACUUAAACUUUGAAUGAUUUAUCAAUCCUUUUUAAAGAUUUUAAUAAUAUUGAUACUUUAGAAUGCAACUAAAACUUUUUAUUGGACACAUUUUAAAAUUAAUGUAUUGACCAAUGUAUAAAUUGUGAUAAUUGCGCUAUUAUAAAUGGAUAACAAUAGUGCCUCAAAUGUACUUUAACAUCCGGCUAAUCUAGUUUUUAUUCAUAGAAUAACGGUAAAUGCUAUCAAUGUCCUUUAUUUUGCAAAUUUUGUUUAGAACUUGAUUUAGAUCUAAUAUCAGUAAUAUUUCUUCAUAAAUUAGUUAUACAAUCCUUACUUUUUAGUUACAGAUUAAAGUAAAAAAUAGGCUAUGAAAUGUCUGAUUAAUUCUGA